AUGAUGGAGAGGAUAAGAAAAGAGAUGAUAUUGAUGGAGAGAGGUCUGCACAGUCCCGUCGCAGGGAAGAGGCUCUCAGACGCGCCUGGAAAUUCAGUGCUGGAGGCCCUGGAAAACUCCCAGCACGGCGGACGAUUGAGCCCGAGAAUAACUUCGGCUUCUCUCCAUGGAAAUCUGGGGGACAUUCCGACUAAAGGCAAAUUUGAGAUUGACAGUCUUUUCGGUACACACCACAACAGUGAAAAUACCUCUUCGGCGGAAAUUUCAUCGUCAGAAAGUAGGAAGAAAAUGAGUCUUUAUUCCGAAGUUUCGCAAGAAUCAGAUAUUAACAGUGAUGUGGAGGUGGGAUGCCCUGCGCACCGCUCCCCGAGCCAACACAAGGAAAACAACAAAGGCUUUUCGGACAGUAAUUCUGCGUCUUCUAACACAAGCUCCAGUUCGCUCCCGAACAUGAACGGCAACUCAGCGGGUUCAAACAACUCCAACAGCGACCAGGUCAGAAGGUAUCGGACUGCUUUCACCAGGGAACAAAUCGGAAGAUUGGAAAAGGAGUUUUACAGGGAAAAUUACGUUUCCAGACCGAGGAGAUGUGAACUGGCCGCGGCGCUAAAUCUGCCCGAAACGACCAUUAAGGUGUGGUUCCAGAACAGGCGGAUGAAGGAUAAAAGGCAGCGUUUGGCGAUGUCCUGGCCCCAUCCUGCAGACCCCAGCUUCUACACUUACAUGAUGACGCAUGCGGCAGCUACAGGAAGUCUACCUUACCCUUUCCACUCGCACAUGCCUCUACACUACUACCCGCACGUCGGUGUCACGGCAGCAGCAGCCGCCGCCGCAGCCACGGGCGCCGCCUCGUCACCUUUCGCCACUUCCAUCCGGCCCCUCGACACCUUCCGCGCACUUUCGCACCCUUACUCACGGCCGGAGCUCCUGUGCAGCUUCAGGCACCCGGGACUCUACCAGUCACCCGCAGGCCUGAAUAGUUCUGCGGCGGCGUCGGCGGCCGCGGCGGCAGCGGCUGCGGCAGCGGCGGUCAGCGCCCCGUCCGCCACCGGGCCCUGCUCGUGUCUGAGCUGCCACAGCAGCCAGGCGGCGAGCGCACUGGGCUCCAGGAGUACCAGCGCUGACUUUACCUGCACAGCAUCGGGCCAAAGAUCCGAGAGUGGAUUUUUGCCGUAUUCUGCUGCUGUUCUCAGCAAAACCUCAGUCCCGUCACCAGACCAACGAGAAGAAACUUCCCUUAACAGAUAA